UCUAAUGUACGGAUUUGGACAAAGUGACCAGUUCAAGGUGUACCCCUCCUCUUGCCUAAAGUCAGGUGGGAGAGGCUCCAGCUCACCCUUGACCCUACUGGGGACAAGUGCAAUAAUGUAUAUAAAAUAUAAAGGCAAAUACUGUAAAUCAAGGCAAACUGACUGAUUGUCCAAAUACUUCUCAAACUAACUCAUUAAUAUUCUAUAUACUGUAUAUCAAAAGUAAGAUUUUAGGUGAAUCUUUGCAAUAUUAAAUAUUGUGCAGCCCAAAUGGUCACUUGUCAAAUAAUCCCAAACCUCUGAUCAUAUUACCUGGCAAAGCUCGAUGUCAUCAAGGUCCGUUUGCAGUGUCAAUUUUCCACAAGAGAGUUGAUAAACUCUGUCAAUGUUCAUUGGCUUGAAAGGAUAAAUUGAUUUUAUUUUUUUAUUCAAUUGUAUUUGUUUUUUUUCCCCAUUAGGUACAAAAAAAGUGUAAUCGGACACUGAUUAAAAUAUACAAUACUGUACUUGUAAAUUAAUCAAUCGUAGUGUCUAAGAAAGACAUUCUUAUGUAUGUAACUUUAAAAAAAUUAAUGUAUAGAAGUGCUUAUUAACACUGCUUUCACUAUGUCAUGUUAUUUUAUUUAAAUAUUUUAUUUAGUUGAUUGACUGGGAGAAAUCACAAGGUUCUGCUUUUCGUCAGGUCUGACUAAAGUUUAAGUUACGGUUAUAUGGUCCCUUGUCUUAUAUUUUUGUAUCAGUUGAAUUAUGCUGUUUCAAGUAUCACUGUUGCACAACUGUCACAUCAAAUUACUAUUACUAUAAUUACUUUGAGCAAAACGUCUUCACAAAAAGUAAGCAACUCGUCACUAGUUUCACUCAUCAAAUCACACAUUUGAAUUAGAAAUAAAUACUAGAAGAGCUGGCCUGAGUUCCACAUGGGUUCACAGAAAGAAACCAUUCUAAUGUAAUUGUUCAUUGCUAUUCAAGGCUAGAUGGGCCCAGGAUGCCAUCAGAGCGAUUGGGUUUCACUUAAAAACAGAGUUCAUUGUAUUCGUAUUGGACGCUGAAACAGAAGAGUAAUUGUGUUGUCAUGCAACAUACUCAGAUUAUCUCCCUCUCAUUGGUAGCUUUUUUUUUUUUUUUUUUAAUGAAGGAACCUCAAAGGUGGUGCAACAUUAGUAGGUGGGUUGGACUUUGUGGCUGAUGUUGAUAUAGCCACAGUGGAGCGGGGCUUGGAGGAAGAGAUGGUUCUCACAACUAAAACCAUGCAAAGGACGGCGGUCUUUGUCACCUUCGGGGGGCUUGUAACCUCCUUGAUCACAACCUUCCUCCCACUGUGGAAGACAAUGAAUUCAGACCUGAAUGAGGUUGAAAACUGGUACUCUGGACUGUGGCACAUGUGCCUCUACACCGAGGAGGUUGGGGUUCAGUGUAAGGCCUAUGACUCCUUGCUGGGGCUACCUGUGGACCUGCAGAUCGCCAGGGUGCUCAUGUUAGUGUCAGUAUGCAUCGGCGGUUUGGCACUGCUGGUCGCUCUACCAGGAGUGGACGGGGUCCACGUGUGUUUGGACCAGCCUGGAAAGAGGAGACGGCUCCUGAUCUUGGGCGGGGUGCUGUCCUGGGUUUCCGGGCUCACCACGCUGGCUCCUGUGUCCGUUGUGGCCUACACUACUGUGGUGGAGUUCUGGGAUGCUGGGUUUCCUGAUGUGAUGCCGCGCUGGGAGUAUGGAGAGGCCAUGUUUUCAGGAUGGUUUGGAGGGUUGGCACUAAUCACUGGAGGGACUCUCUUCUUUGUUGCUGUGUGCAUGGCUGACUAUGAUAUGCGCACACACACUGUGACCAACAGCCCUCAUAUGCCACACAGGACACAACACUACCGCAAGACUGAGGUUUUAUAAUUGUUUUCUCUGUUUAGUUUCUUUUCCCCUCCUUUAUUUCUUCCAAUUCCCAUUUUUUAAGCCAAAAAUGUGACUUGAGUGACGUUUUAGAAUUAUGAAUUAUGAAUGAAAUCUAUUUGUAGUGAUGAACAAUUAUAUGAGAUAGUGAUGGAAUUGUUGUUUUUAUUCAUUUUCAAGUCAUUUAAAUGUAUGUAAUCAUCUUAAAAUGUGUUAUUUCCACGCCAGUUGAUGCAAAACUGACUUAAUUAUUCAAGGGAUGACACCAUUUUCCAUCAUAGUGCUUUACAAAUACUUAAAAUGUGUUGAUAGCAUAUGCGGUUGUAAUACAAUCGCUGAGUGUAGUGUGGCGUGUCUGUGGUAUUAAAAGGACAAUGUGUGUUGCA